AUGCCGAUUGGGUGCCAGGCCUCGGCGCCGCUCGCCACCGGUUCGCCCUUCGCCAGGCAACAGCCGUCGGCCCCGCCGAGGCCCCAGGCCGCGCCGCGCCGAUCGAGCGGGACCCUUCCCGCGGAUGCGGACUUGUCAGGCGAAGGCGACGCAUCCAUCACCAGACGCUCACUCCUGGGGUCGGCCCUCAUCGCGCCCGCGCUGCUGGCCGCCGCCGCCCCCUCCUGGGCGCUGCUCCCCGACGACGAUGACACGGACCUGAUCGAGAAGGCCAAGGGCAGGCGGCAGCAGCGCAUACAGGCAGACCGAGAGGCCGAACGCAAGUUUGUAAAAGAGGGGGGCUACCGCGACCGCCGCGACGAGUCCGUUCUCAAGCCCGUGCAGACGGCGGUGUUCCAGCUGUCGCGAUCCGGGGCCGCACUGGAGUCCGGCAGCCUCAGCGGGGUGGCGUCCAUCAUCGGGGACGGCUCCUGGGUCGGGGACUUUCGGAGGGCCGGGGAGAGGCUGAGCGCCGGUAAUGCCGCGGCGGAGAGGUCGCUGACGCAGGUGCUGAGCGGCGUGGGGGCGCUGCAGGCGGCUGCCAAGAGCGGGGGCCUGGUGGAGUCCAAGAGGGAAUUUGUGGCCGUCGUGUCCGCGAUGACCGCUUGGGCGCAAGAUGCCGGUGUCGGCGGGGACAUCAAGGGGCUGUGA